AUGGAUCAUUGGAUUGCUAGUGGCAUCGAAGAAGAUAUUGAUUUAGGUCUUGAGAAACAACAAACAUUAAAUAAAAAAAGAAAUGAUGGACGAAAACAAAAUUCUAAUAUCGGCGAUCGUAUGGAUUUGUCUGAUUAUUGUAAUCUUUCGGAUGACUGUCGUCGUGGAAUACGUGAUAAUGAAUCAAUGGUUAGUGAUGCGAGCAUAAGUCAACAUGCCCAGAAAAUAUCACAGGCAACAAGUUUACCGAGUUCAUUAAUUUAUGACACUACCAGUUUUAUGCAAUUAAAUUACGAACAAUCUAAUGAUGAUGAUACUGAUGAUGACGUUGAAGCAGUACAGAAGCAACAACAAGUUGCAUGA